ACUCGACUUUAAAAGUACAAUUCUUUACCAGAUUCGCAAAUCAUUGCAUUUCUUUAGUGACAAGAUUACAUUUUUGCAUUAUGAAAUGCUGCAAUAAUUAAAAGUAGUUUUCUUGUGCACAUUGUAAGUUUGUGAACAAUGCUGUCUGAAAAUAGUUGGAUCGCAGUGUUGUUAUUCAUUUUUCUUGCUGGAGUAAGCCAAGUCUAUGGGACAGACAUUGGUUACCACUGUCAGAGUGAAUUGGAAUGUCAGACAGGGAAUGGUGGACUCUACUCGAGAUGUAACAGCUUAUCUUCAGUUUGUGUGUGCACGCACGAUUAUUUAGGUAAUGAAAAUAAAGCAGGACUGAACAAAGAUGAUUCAAAGUGUAAACACAUCAACGAAUGUAAUAGAAUCAAGGGAUGUAAUAUUUCAUGCAUACAAGAAGAUGAAGACGAUCUUGGCUGCCAGACUGUCAUUUUCUGCAGCAGUAAAGCAAAUUGUACAGUUGGAUGUGCUCCGAGAGAACUGUGGAUGUGGGAUGCUAACAAAGACUGGUAUUGGACGAUUCCGAAGCCGUUAGUAUCCGACUUCAUACCCGAGAAAAAGACUUCAGUAUGCUAUGACCCCGACAGAGCUGUGCACAGUUUCCCUGAAGGAAUGGUUAUUAAGACAUCUGAUAUACCUGGAGCAGGUCUGGGCGUUUUUACAGAGAAAUUCCUGGAACGCGGUACACUGAUUGGUCCGUAUAAAGGAAUUAGGGUGUAUGACGGAAACUUUAAUGAAGAUUGGAGUUGGACGAUUAAAGCGACGAAUGGUGAAUGGAAGGUUGAUGCCAGGGACAAAUCUUUAUCUAACUGGGUCCGUUACAUAAAUAACCCAAAGCCACAUGGCUCGCAAAAUUUGGCUCCAAUUUGCCAUGAAGGUGAAAUGUACUACUUUGCAUUCAAAUCAAUUCAACCCGGAUCAGAACUGUCGGUAUGGUAUGGCGAUGGGUUUGCUUCGAAACUUGGAAUAAAAAAAGAUAAAAGAAUAAGAUAUGCGUAUGGAAAAGACGGAUUUAUAGGUGGCAGAUGUUUGAGUAAACAGUUUAAGGCGAUGUAUGGUGUAAGAUGUUACAUUGAAAAUGCUGUAUGCAUGACGGUUGUUUGUCUGUGCAAAAAUGGAAGCCAUGCCCGUGGUGGCGAGUGUAUUAACGGUAAGACAAAUGUUUGUGGUAGUGAAAUUGAAUUUAUACAGCUUUAA